CACCCCAAUGAACGCUGUCGAAACGUCACGAGCUAGCGGAUUUCCUGGAAAUAUGCGACUGAUUGCGGUGACGUCUGGAAACAACUAUCACUUUGUGAAGGACUUAGAGCUUUACGAUCAAGUUCUACUUUACGACGACUACCGUUUCAUCCAGAAACUUCCCGGAUCUCGCGCUGUCUACCUCGAUUUUUCGGGAAAUAGAGAGACGGCCGUCAAAAUCCGGGCUAGAUAUGAUAACAACAACAGCAAUAGAAGUAAUAGUUCACCCUCCAAUACUCGAAUAAGCACAAGGGGUUCGUCGUCUGGCGCAGCCAACAAGAACCUUUCGUCAAGUAGAGCGAUGAAUUUUUUUGGCGAAAGUGCAAACUACGACUACCCUGUGGUCAGAGGUGAGUCGUUUGAUCAGCAGUUGUAUCAGGGCCGUACAGCUACAGUAGGCGGGCAUCCUGCUGCCACUGCGAGUGGAGUUCGGUCCAUUUCCAUCGGGGGAUCUCAUCGAUUGGGGAGCAGUAAUAACAACUUCCUUGGAGGAGGUGUCGGCGUGUACAGUACUGGCGCUUCCACCGGAUCUGGAUUGAUAGACUCGCGGGAAUUGUAUGACCAGUUUUUUUUCGCGCCAGCCUGGAUUCAAGAACGAGCGAGCUCUUCAGAUGCCUUAGACCAGACAGUGAGCAUUUACGAACGAUUGGAGCGAAGUUUCGCGAGAAUACUGAAUGACAGCAAAACGUGGCUCCAACCUGUGGAGCACUGUGGUAUCGAUGAAGUUGUGAAUGCGUACCGUGACUCUCUCGAAGGAUUGAAACAGAAUCCCGAAGUUGGUAUCGUGAUGCGAAUGAACUACGGAUUAACAUCUUCACCGUUAUCGUCGCCUCGAAAUAGAAGAACGGCACCUGUUGACCGAGCAAAACCACUACGAGCAAAACAGGAUAGGAAGCUACCAAUAUCUCCCACCAGUACAACAUCAGCGCAACAGCAGCAGCAACGUCGUCAAUUACUCAAGACAAGUGAAGACGAGAGUACUUCGAAUAAUUCGUGGGAAGAAAGGCAGAGACAGCAAAGCCUCGAAGAUCGCCUAGACCGCGAACAGGAAGAAAAAGCCACAGCACUGGCCAAAGAACAACGAGGCUGUUGUUCGAUCAUUUGUGCGAAGUGCUGUCCAUGCUGUCGUUCGGGCUGUAGCGGUCGUUCGACCUCGACAUCGUCCGGGGUGCAGUCUAGUGGCGAUGAAACGGUUACUAGAGACGAUCAUCAUUUUGCCAGUAAUGAUAGAGUUAGAGAAGAAGACCACGAUCCACUUUCUUAUCGGACUAGAAGGGACCACAUCAACACGAACCAUUUGGACGAUGAUGGAAUAGACAACUACAAGAGAGGAGGAGGAGUAAAAAAGACAAGGCACGUGGAUUAUAAGCAGACGGACGAGUCGUCUUGGUCCUGUGGAAAAGCUUGUUUUAAUGUAGCCACCUGUUACAAGUGCUUGUGCUGCCGACUCAUUCCGCAGAUACUCUGCUUCUGCGUCUUUCCAGCAAGCCCAAGGCGACGUAAGUAAGGCGUUCUACUUAUUUGCAUGGUCCAAUUAUGUGAGAUAAACAACUUCUAGCACAACCAUUCCAGAAACGACAACGCGAGAUCUAUCUUGCUUGUACAGAGCCAGCAAGUAAUUAUAGAAACCGAGCCGUCGAUACGGAUACAGCAUUUUUAUAUAUAAUCUGCAGAGCAAGUGGACCCUCACCUUGAACCUUGCACUUGCAGAAAUUUGAGUUAGGAAAAGUUGAACAAGUGUGUUUUGCAUGUGGUCUGUGUUUCUUGGGAGGGGUAUCCAUCAGUAAUCAAAGAAACAUGGUAGUACGGCUAAGUACGAGGGCGACUAGUUCUAGUAGAAAAACGCUCCUUCUUGCAGCUUUUCGCACACAAGAAUAAACAAUAGUCAUGUAACAAAGAAACGAAGGAUCUGCUUACGAAGAAGUACUUAGAAGAUCAAAAGAAAGAGAAACAACUUCCUAUGAAUUUUGUAUAUCAAUUGCAACGUUGGGUUUCGCAUGGCUUCAUGAUCUUCUCAUGGCGUUCUUCAAUCAUCAGUGCAGUAAGGUCGUCAUGCAGCGUGAAGGGGUGCUAGUAGUACUGACUGACUUAAUUGGUGAUACCUUGCAACUACGUACUUGUCGACGAGGUCAGGGACGACAGGGUCCGUCUUCUGGGUACUACUUCACGUUCAGAAUUUUAUACCCUGUGAAAAAUGUG